UCUCCCAAGGAAACAGAUAAGAUCGGGCACACGCGUAGCGAGACGAGGGGAAAAAAAAAUCAAUCAAACCCUAAUCAGAUCAGGGAGAGGCGAGGGCUAGGGUUUCGACUCCUCGGCGGGCGAUCCAUGGCGGCGGCGGCGAGGCAUCGGGGGACGGUGAAGUGGUUCAACGACACCAAGGGGUUCGGCUUCAUCUCCCCCGACGACGGCAGCGAGGAUCUCUUCGUCCACCAGUCCUCCAUCAAGGCCGACGGCUUCCGCUCCCUCGCCGAGGGCGAGCAGGUCGAGUUCGCCAUCUCCGAGAGCGAGGACGGCCGCACCAAGGCCGUCGACGUCACCGGCCCCGACGGAUCCUUCGUCAAGGGCGGCGCCGGCGGCGGCGGCGGUGGCGGGGGAGGCUUCGGAUCGCGCGGUGGGGGCGGAUCUGGCGGUGGCGGCCGCAGCUAUGGCGGUAGCUGGGGCGGGGGGAGGAGAUCCGGCGGUGGUGGACCCGGUGGGGGCUGCUUCAAGUGUGGGGAGUCUGGCCACAUGGCCAGGGACUGCUUCAACGGCGGCGGUGUCGGCGUUGGUGGAGGCGGUGGCGGCGGCGGCGGCGCUGGUGGUGGCUGCUUCAAGUGCGGCGAGAUGGGCCACAUGGCUAGGGACUGCUUCAACAGCGGUGGUGGUGGAGGUGGUGGUGGUGGCGGCGGCGGCGGCGGCGCCUGCUACAACUGCGGCGAGACCGGCCACCUCGCGAGGGACUGCUACAACGGCGGCGGUGGAGGCGGAGGCGGGCGAUUCGGCGGUGGAGGCGACCGCUCCUGCUACAACUGCGGCGAGGCUGGACACAUCGCCCGCGACUGCCACAAGUGAUGGAUUCACAACACCAUCUCCCCCCCCCCUCCUCUUAGAUCUCGCCUAAAUCUUCAUCACUCCUAAGUCGAAUUAUUGCUUUAGUUUUGCCGCCGAUCUGGGUCACAUGGAGAGCGCGUUGCCUGCUAUAAAGGAACCGCUUGCCUUUUGUUUUUACCUCUUUUUCUUUUUUUGCUAUUGGGAUUUCGGUUUAGUUUUAACUUCUGCUGCUGCUGCUCGUGUGAUGAUGCUUUUGCUGCUAUGAGUUGGUCUGGUCCUCUGGUUCAGGUUAAGAAGACGUGAUGUCUGGAUUGGUUUUGUGUGUUGGGCGAGGAGAUUGACAAAAUCUCUCUCCUUUUUGUGGUUUCCCCGAGAUGAAAAAGAUGAUUAUUGUCGGUUACUCUAUAAUUUUUACCACCUUGUCGAUUCCAUCAUCA